AAUUUCGAGGUCCAAUUCCAGAAACUUUUACUCAAAUGACUCUUCUGGAAGAGUUAUAUCUCGAUGAUAAUCAGUUUGAGGGGGAGAUUCCAAAAUCCUUUUGGAGUGGUAACUUGUCAUCAUUGCGAUACUUGGUUCUUUCAAACAAUAAACUGAGUGGUAAUAUAACCAAAAGUAUCGGAUUGCUGUCAAAGCUUGAGGUCUUCCAUAUUUCUUUCAAUUCUUUUAAUGGGGUGAUCACUGAGGAACACUUCUCAACACUAUCUAAUUUAUGGUACUUGGGCAUGUCUUCUAGUAAUCUGAGCAUCAACUUCAGCCAUGACUGGAUUCCUCCAUUCCAGCUGGAAUAUAUUAGUCUUGGGUCUUGCAAAUUGGGCCCUGAUUUUCCAAGCUGGUUACAGACCCAAAGGAAUUAUCGGGUUCUUAAUAUUUCUGCAACUGGAAUUUCAAAUAGCAUCCCCAUCUGGUUCGGCAAGCUGCCUUCUAUGGCACGAGUUAUAGAUCUUUCUUCCAACCAAGUCAGUGGAAUUCUUCCAAAUUUGUCAAGGAAUUUUUCAUCUGAUUCUUAUGCCCUUGGGAUAAAUUUAAGUGGGAAUCAUUUGGAGGGUCCUUUACCGUCAUUUCCUGCUAAUACCACGCACAUAAACCUCUCAAAAAAUAGGUUUAAUGGGUCAAUUUCUUCUCUCUGUGCUAUGACUAGUAUGUCUCUUGAGUUCCUCGAUCUUUCAAGCAAUCAACUAUCUGGAGAGCUUCCUGAUUGUAUGAUGCAUUGGUCAAGUCUGCAAAUUUUGACUUUGGCUAACAAUCAUUUCUUUGGAAAAAUUUCAAGCUUUGUGGGAUCUCUCUCUUUGAUUGAAACGCUUGAUUUGCAAAACAACAACCUUUCUGGGAAAAUUCCUAACUCUUUAAGGAAUUGCAAUAAAUUGCAAUUUCUGGGUUUGAGUAAUAAUAAAUUGUCUGGAAAAAUACCAGGUUGGAUUGGAGACAAGUCAAAAUCACUAAAUUUCCUCCUCCUAAAAUCCAAUCAUUUUGUUGGAGAAAUCCCAUUGGAGAUAUGCCGAUUAACAAAUAUUUUGUUGCUAGACCUCUCCUGCAACAAUCUUUCCGGAGACAUACCAUGGUGCAUUGGUAAUCUGAUUGCUUUGGCCAGAAAAGACAUUUCAGCCAAACAUCAUUUCUUUAACUCUUCACUUGUUAGUAAUAGCUAUUAUGAUUUUGAUGGAAGCUAUGCUGACAAAGCAUCUAUCAUAUGGAAAGGAAUAGAAUAUCGUUAUGAAAAUCUCACACUUCAGAGGACCAUUGAUCUUUCAAGCAACAAAUUAACUGGAGAAACUCCUUUGCAAAUUGCAAGUUUUUCUGAACUACAUCAAUUGAACUUAUCUAGAAACCAUUUGACUGGAAGGAUUCCACUAGAUAUUGGGCAAAUGAGACAAUUGGAAUCACUAGAUCUUUCACACAACAGGCUUUCAAGCUGGCUUCCUCCAAGCAUGGCCCAGUUAUAUUCUCUCAGUACAUUGGACCUGUCAUAUAACAACUUUUCUGGGAGAAUUCCAUCUAGCACUCAAUUGCAGAGCCUUCCUACUUCUGCAUUUGUUGGUAAUCCUGCACUCUGUGGACCUCCUCUCCCAAAAACAUGUGCCACUGAUGAAAAGCCUGUGGAUGGUGGUGUCAAAUACAAUCAACAAGAUGAAGAUGAAUUAUGGAAUGGGUUCAAACCCAGUAUGGAAGUUGGAAUGGCUUUUGGCUUUCUGGGAGUUCUGGCUAUCAAAUUAGAUGAUCCCUGGAAAAAUAUUUGUUUCCUGGUGUUCAACUACAUGAAGUUUCACCUCAGCAACUUGAAGGACUACCUCCUUUCGAUUGUGGCAGCACUUUGUUUGGUGAUAACAGUGAGUGCUGCUAGAUUGCGAAGAAAGUUGAAGUUUUAGGAGCCAUCCGGGGGUAGGUAUGUUUUUAGUUUGUUUACGACUUUUAUGUCAUCUUGUUCAAUUGCAUUAUUUAAUUGGAAAAUAACAGAGGAGAGAACCUUUGAUUGUUGUUUUUAGGUACAAGAUGCUUCCUCAGGGACUUCAAGGACUGCUCUUGAGAGAUGAAAUCCCAGGGGCCAGGGCUUCUUUUUCAGGCUACCACGUUCGUCAGAGCAACCUUUUUUAUUUCCUUUGUGUGUGAUAAAUUAUAAUUUGUUUC